AAUUAGGGUGGAAGUAUUGAUAUUUCGGCUGUGGAUCUGAGUUGAUCAAUCUGCCUAGUGGACUCGAUCCCCCACACCCCAAUUGUCUGAUUGCAGCUCCUGGGAGGAAUUUGAAUAAAGAAAACUAUGAUACCUCAGGUCCAUCUUCACUCCCUGUGUCUUCUCAUACUUUAUUUGACAACUGGAUAUAGCCAAGAAGGGAAGUUUAGUGGACCCCUGAAGCCCAUGACAUUUUCUAUUUUUGAAGGUCAAGAACCAAGUCAAAUUAUAUUCCAGUUUAAGGCCAAUCCUCCUGCUGUGACUUUUGAACUAACCGGGGAGACAGACAACAUAUUUAUGAUAGAACGGGAUGGACUUCUGUAUUACACCAGAGCCUUGGACAGGGAAGUAAGAUCCACUCAUAAUCUCCAGGUUGCAGCCCUGGAUGCUAGUGGAGCUAUAGUGGAGGGUCCAGUCCCCAUCACCAUAGAAGUGAAGGACAUCAACGACAAUCGACCCAUGUUUCUCCAGUCAAAGUAUGAAGGCUCAGUAAGGCAGAACUCUCGCCCAGGAAAGCCCUUCUUGUACGUCAACGCCACAGACCUGGAUGAUCCAGCCACUCCCAAUGCUCAGCUUUACUACCAGAUUGUUAUCCAGCUUCCCAUGAUCAACAAUAUCAUGUACUUUCAGAUCAACAACAAAACCGGGGGCAUCUCUCUUACCCGAGAAGGAGCUAAGGAAUUGGAUCCUGCUAAGAAUCCUUCCUAUAAUCUGGUGGUCUCAGUGAAGGACAUGGGCGGCCAGAGUGAGAAUUCCUUCAGUGAUACCACAUCUGUGGAUAUCCUAGUGACAGAAAAUAUUUGGAAAGCACCAGAACCUGUGGAGAUGGUGGAAAACUCGACUGAUCCUCACCCCAUCAAAAUCACUCAGGUGCGGUGGAAUGAUCCUGGUGCACAAUAUUCCUUAGUUGACAAAGAGAAGUGGCUAAGAUUCCCAUUUUCAAUUGACCAGGAAGGAGAUAUUUAUGUGACUCAGCCCCUGGACCGAGAAGAAAAGGAUGCAUAUGUUUUUUAUGCAGUUGCAAAGGAUGAGUAUGGAGAAGCACUUUCAUACCCGCUGACAAUUCGUGUAAAAGUUAAAGACAUUAAUGAUAAUCCACCUACAUGUCCAUCACCAGUAAGCGUAUUUGAGGUCCAGGAGAAUGAACGACUGGGCAGCAGUAUCGGGACCCUUACUGCACAUGACAGGGAUGAAGAAAAUACUGCCAACAGUUUUUUAACCUAUAGUAUUGUGGAUCAAACUCCCAAAAUUCCCAUGGAUGGACUCUUCCUAAUUGAAAACUUUUCUGGAAUGUUACAGUUAGCUAAACAGUCCUUGAAGAAGCAAGAUACUCCUCAGUAUAACUUAACAGUAGCAGUGUCUGACAAAGAUUUCAAGACCCUUUGUUCUGUGCAAAUCAAUGUUAUUGACAUCAAUGAUCAGAUCCCCAUCUUUGAAAAAUCAGAUUAUGGAAACCUGACUCUCGCUGAAGAUACAAAGGUUGGGUCCACCGUCUUAGCCAUCCAGGCCACGGAUGCUGAUGAGCCAUUUACUGGGAGUUCUAAAAUUCUGUAUCAUAUCAUAGAGGGAGACAGUGAGGGACGCCUGGGGGUUGACACGGAUCCCCACACCAAUACCGGACAUGUUAUAAUUAAAAAGCCUCUUGAUUUUGAAACAGCAGCUGUUUCCAACAUUGUGUUCAAAGCAGAAAAUCCUGAGCCUCUAGUGUUUGGUGUGAUGUACAAUGAAAGUUCUUUUGCCAAGUUCACGCUAAUUGUGACAGAUGUGAAUGAAGCACCUCAGUUUCCCCAACAUGUAUUCCAAGCAAAAGUCAGUGAGGAUGUAGCUAUAGGCACUAAAGUGGGCAAUGUGACUGCCAAGGAUCCAGAAGGUCUGGACAUAAGAUAUUCACUGAGAGGAGACACAAGAGGUUGGCUUAAAAUUGACCACGUGACUGGUGAGAUCUUUAGUGUGGCUCCAUUGGACAGAGAAGCUGGAAGUCCGUAUCGGGUACAAGUGGUGGCCACCGAAGUAGGGGGUUCUUCCUUGAGCUCUGUGUCAGAGUUCCACCUGACCCUUUCAGACGUGAAUGACAACCCUCCCAGGCUGGCCAAGGAGUACACAGGCUUGUUCUUCUGCCACCCGCUCAGUGCACCUGGAAGUCUCAUUUUCGAGGCUACUGAUGACGAUCAGCCCUCAUUGCGGGGUCCCCACUUUACAUUUUCCCUCGCCAGUGGAAACUUAGAAAACGACUGGGAAGUUUCCAAAAUCAAUGGCACUCAUGCCCGACUGUCUACCAGGCACACAAGCUUUGAGGAGAGGGAAUAUAUCGUCCUAAUCCGCAUCAACGAUGGGGGUCGGCCCCCCUUAGAAGGCAUUGUUUCUUUACCAGUUACAUUCUGCACUUGUGUGGAAGGAAGCUGUUUCCGGCCAGCAGGUCACCAGCCUGGGAUACCCACCGUGGGCAUGGCAGUUGGUAUACUGUUGACCACCCUUCUGGUCAUUGGUAUAAUUUUAGCAGUUGUGUUUAUCCGCAUGAAGAAGGAUAAAGGCAAAGAUAAUGUUGAAAGUGCUCAGGCAUCUGAAGUCAGACCUCUGAGAAGCUGAAUUUGAAAAUGAAUGUUUGAAUUUAUAUGUCAACUGCUAUUUCAAUAACAACGAUCUAAUCCUAUAAUAGUACCUUUCAUC